AACGAUACAUCUAAUGUACAGUAUCUUUAAUGGUAAUGACUCGGGAAUAUUGGUAUCAAAAUGCACAUCGUGUUAAUGGCCCAAUGCUACAUAAAAAAAGCUAAACGAAACUUUGCUAUAAAUCCCCGACCAUCUUCUGCUGUCCCCAGUGUGAUGUCGUUUUUGUUACCAUUCUUUGCGCCAUCACCAGUGCCGUUCAACUGAUUUGUUUUUUAAGUGCAGUUAUAGUGGUAUAAGGCACCAAAUUUUUAACAAAUCAACAAGUUUAAACUAUUUCUUUUCGGAUCAUUUUCAAAGGGAAUUCUUUUUAUAACAGAAAAGGGUACUUUAUAUCAAAAAGAAUGAAAAUGAAACUGUCGCUUCUAUUGUGUUUUGUAAUAUUUGCUACAACGUUAGUAGAUGCAACUCCGAGCAGAGUUGUCUGUUACUUCAGCAAUUGGGCAAUUUACCGACCCGGAGUAGGAAGAUAUGGCAUCGAAGACAUCCCAGUUUCACUGUGUACGCACGUAGUCUAUUCUUUCAUUGGGGUUGAUAGCAAAACAUGGGGCGUUUUGGUUAUAGAUCCCGAAUUGGAUAUCGAACAAAAUGGUUUUAAAAAUUUCACAGCUUUGAAGAAGAAACAUCCCAAUGUUAAAUUUCAAAUUGCUGUAGGAGGAUGGGCAGAAGGGGGUGAAAAAUAUUCCCAAAUGGUAGCCACGAAAGCUAGACGCGAUUCUUUUAUAAGUAGCACCGUAGACUUCAUGAGAGCAUUUGAUUUUGAUGGAUUUGACUUGGAUUGGGAAUACCCGGCUGCAGCAGAUAGGGGUGGAAAGUUCUCUGACAAAGACAUGUUCCUUUACUUUGUGGAAGAGCUUAGAAGGGCUUUCGAUAAGGAAGGAAAGGGAUGGGAGAUUACCAUGGCAGUUCCAAUCGCUAAAUUUAGAUUACAAGAAGGAUAUCAUGUUCCCGAGCUUUGCGAACUUUUAGAUGCUGUCCACGUAAUGUCUUACGACCUUAGAGGAAACUGGGCUGGUUUCGCUGAUACUCACAGUGCUCUGUACAAAAGACCACACGACCAAUGGGCUUACGAAAAACUUAAUGUUAACGAUGGUGUACAAUUAUGGGUCGAUUUUGGUUGUUCGCCGAAGAAACUUGUAAUUGGAAUACCUUUCUACGGGAGAACGUAUACUUUGAGUCAAGGAAACCAAAAUUACAAUCUUGGUACUUAUAUUAAUAAGGAAGCUGGAGGUGGAAAUCCAGGACCGUUUACCAAUGCUACAGGAUUCUUAGCCUACUACGAAAUCUGCACUGAAGUUAUGAAUAAAGAAUCAGGUUGGACGAAAAAAUGGGACGAAGCAGGAAAAGUACCUUAUGCGUACAAAGGAACUCAAUGGGUUGGAUAUGAAGAUCCAGAAAGUGUACAAAUUAAAAUGGAUUGGAUAAAAUCGAAAGGGUAUGCAGGCGCAAUGACUUGGGCAAUUGAUAUGGACGAUUUCCACGGUUUAUGUGGACCUAAGAAUGUCCUCAUGCAUAUCCUCCAUGCCAACAUGAAGGGAUAUACAGUACCAGAACCGACCAUUUCUACAACCAAAAGACCUGAGUGGGCUCGACCUCCAAGUACUCAAUCUUCCGGUGAUUCCCCUUCUCUUCCUUCGUCUACCUCUUGGAGUGAAUGGAAACCAACGACCACAGUAGCGACUCUUAAACCGUCAACAACCACCAAAACGACAACAAGAAGACCCCAAAGAACUACAACCAAACCAUCUGCUUCUAAGCCAACGACAUCCCCUUCUGUGGAGGAAGUAUCAGAGAAGGAAGAAGAUGUCGACAAUAACAUUGAUUGCAAGGAGGCUGACUUUCUACCCCACGUGCGAUGUGACAAGUAUUACCGAUGCGUUCAUGGAAAACCUUUCGAAUUCACUUGUAAACCCGGAACAGUUUACCACACCGUUCAACAUAUUUGUGAUUGGCCAGCAAAUGCAGACAGAGAUUCGUGCAGAUCAAUCUAAUUAUUUAAAUAUCGAUAUUUGACUGUUUUUAGAAAAAUAUUACUUAAUAAAACUGCAUUAUAUUAAUGUAAUAACAGUAUUCUAAGGAUAUUACAAAAUACAGAAGCAAAUACUAGUAUUACAGGUAGAACCUAUGUAAAAUUUUGGUAUAUUACUACCUUAUAUUAAAUGAUAAACGAAUUACAGUAUAAAAUAAUAGAUUUAUAUGAACACUU